UGUCCUCGUUACUACAAUCGCUCAAAGAAACUCAUAAGUUUUUAGUUAUUUAAUAUAAAAAGAGAGACUAUUUCUCCAAAAUUAGUAUUCAUUUCUCUAGUCAUAUGAUCGAGUUAAUCAAAUGACCACACUAGAUUCGUUUCUUAAGGACAGCUAACAUGAUUUGACAGCUUCACAACGUAAUUAACUUGGGAACUUUGUUAAUCGUUAUUUGUUCAUCAGUCACUGCAGUGGCCAUCACUAUCAUUAUCUACAGCUGAUCGAGUCAACGGACGACUUUCACAUUAGUUUCUCAAAUUUAUCAAUCGCAUCUAGAGCUCGGCAAUCUACGGUCUGCUAUAUAUGUUCUUCCCCUCCACAUCAUUCAAAUUUAUACUUCCUGUGUUCCUUCUCCAGUUCUCUAAACCCAGAAAGAGAGAGAGAAACCAUGGCGGAAACAGCUCUGUUUAGCAUCGCUGGUGUUGUCCUGAAGAAGUUGGGUUACUUGGCAGCUGAACAGGCAAGCUUACUCUGGGGUCUCAGCAGCGAGAUUCCGAAACUGACGUUUACUGUUUCCUCCAUCCAGGCUGUGUUGUUGGAUGCAGAGGAGAAGUCUGGUCACAAUCACCAGAUCCAGCUUUGGCUCCAUCGAUUGAAGCAAGUCCUUUACGAUGCUGAUGAUUUGCUGGAUGAUCUCUCCACUGAAGCUCGGCAAAGAGAACAAAUGGAGGGUCAUUGCGUCAUGAACGAGGUAUAUCCUACAGCGUUUUAACAAAUCUAUUUUAAUAUAUCCUCUCCAAAAUGCGAUUUCGAAACUUUGUUUUAAGAUUAGCCCAAAUUUAAGACGGUAGGAUCUGGUUUGAUAGUAUGUUGCUUGGUGUCCUGUCCUGCGCAUAUGCUAUAAAAUUGGUUCGGAAUC